AUGAAGCAACGUUACUCCUGCAAACAAAGCCACUGGAACCCAACGUUACUCCAGCAAACAAAGCCACUGGAAUCCAACGUUACUCCAGCAAACAAAGCCUUUGGAAUCCAAAGUUACUCCUGUAAACAAAGCCACUGGAACCCACCGUUACUCCUGCAAACAAAGCCACUGGAACCCAACGUUACUCCUGCAAACAAAGCCAUUGGAACCCAAAGUUACUCCUGCAAACAAAGACAUUGGAACCCAAAGUUACUCCUGCAAACAAAGACAUUGGAACCCAACGUUACUCCAGCAAACAAAGCCACUGGAACCCAACGUUACUCCUGCAAACAAAGCCACUGGAACCCAACGUUACUCCAGCAAACAAAGCCACUGGAACCCAACGUUACUCCAGCAAACAAAGCCACUGGAACCCAACGUUAUUCCAGCAAACAAAGCCACUGGAACCCAACGUUACUCCUGCAAACAAAGCCACUGGAACCCAACGUUACUCCAGCAAACAAAGCCACUGGAACCCAACGUUACUCCAGCAAACAAAGCCACUGGAGCCCAACGUUACUCCUGCAAACAAAGCCACUGGAACCCAACGUUACUCCUGCAAACAAAGCCACUGGAACCCAACGUUACUCCAGCAAACAAAGCCACUGGAACCCAACGUUACUCCUGCAAACAAAGCCACUGAAACCCAACGCUACUCCAGCAAACAAAGCCACUGGAACCCAACGUUACUCCAGCAAACAAAGCCACUGGAACCCAACGUUACUCCAGCAAACAAAGCCACUGGAACCCAACGUUACUCCUGCAAACAAAGCCACUGGAACCCAACGUUACUCCAGCAAACAAAGCCACUGGAACACAUCGUUACUGCUGCAAACAAAGCCACUGGAACCCAACGUUACUCCAGCAAACAAAGCCACUGGAACCCAACGUUACUCCAGCAAACAAAGCCACUGGAACCCAACGUUACUCCAGCAAACAAAGCCACUGGAACCCAACGUUACUCCUGCAAACAAAGCCACUGGAACCCAACGUUACUCCAGCAAACAAAGCCACUGGAACCCAACGUUACUCCAGCAAACAAAGCCACUGGAACCCAACGUUACUCCUGCAAACAAAGCCACUGGAACCCAACGUUACUCCUGCAAACAAAGCCACUGGAACCCAACGUUACUCCAGCAAACAAAGCCACUGGAACCCAACGUUACUCCUGCAAACAAAGCCACUGGAACCCAACGUUACUCCUGCAAACAAAGCCACUGGAACCCAACGUUACUCCAGCAAACAAAGCCACUGGAGCCCAACGUUACUCCAGCAAACAAAGCCACUGGAACCCAGGCAUAA